AUGGCCCCUUCCGCAGUUUCACCGCCGCCAUCUACAACUGGCACAUUGCUUGUCAAGCCCUGGUCACGCCCCCAGGAGACUAAAGAGGAUCUAGACUGGGCUCCUCUUACUACCAUUGAUCUUUCGCGGUUCGACGAGCCGGGGGGCAAGCAAGAUCUCGCGAAACAACUUUAUGAUGCUAUCACGCGAGUGGGAUUCUGGGUGGUUACCGGCACUGGUAUCGAUGAUGAACUUGUCCUACGGCAGUUCAGUAUCGGAAAUACACUUUUCAAGGAACCACUUGAUGAGAAGAGAAGAUUCCCUUGCAACUUUGCAGAAGGCGAGUAUUUCGGGUACAGGGAGAACGAGAGAUGGAUUGGUGACACAGGCGUCAAAGAAAACAUUGAGAUGCUGAAUAUCCACAAAGACAUCCCUGCCUGGAGACAGGUUGGUCGCCACCGUAUUGUGGAAGACAACUGGGACGAGAUCCGCAACUUCCAUCGCGACGUCUGGGAAGUUGCCCGGAAGCUCUUCGUUCUGAUCGCAAUUAUACUAGAACUACCAGAGAACUACCUUGCAGAUGCACAUGCUUAUGAUCAAGUCUCGGAUGAUCACUUGCGGUACAUGAUCUACAAUGUUCGGACAGACGAGGAGUGGGACAAGGCGCAAGCAUACUCAAAGGGAGGACACAAGGACUUUGGCAGUUUGACCCUUCUUUUCUCUCAGCAUGUUGCUGGGCUGCAAAUCCGAACUCCUGAGGGGGGUUGGAAAUAUGUGAAGCCCGUCGAAGGGGGUAUUACCUGUAACGCUGCGGACACCCUGACGUUCCUCACGAAUGGGUUCAUCAAGUCAACGAUUCAUCGUGUGGUCAAGCCUCCCAGAGACCAAAUCGACAUCCCUCGACUAGGACUGCUAUACUUUAGUCGUCCGGGAGACCACACACCCAUGAGAACAGUGCCUUCCCCGCUUCUUGACCGUCUCGGAUUGAUCAGAGAAGAAGAUAAGGAUUUGAGCAAACCGAUGCCAUCGGGAACGGAAGAUGCAGACCAAUUGGCAAACAUUGAGUCAAUCAAUGCUGGAAAACCUGUCAAGCUGGCCAAAGUUGCCGAUGUUCUCGCGUGUGCGGCCUGUUUCCGAUACUAUGCGGGAUGGGCAAACAAGAUUAAGGGUAACAGCAUUGAGACUGACCCAAACAUGCUGAACCUCACCCUGAAAGAGCCUCUGGGGGUCUGCGGUCUUAUUAUUCCCUGGAACUUCCCAAUCCUGAUGUGUGGUUGGAAACUCGGGCCUGCCUUGGCUGCUGGAAAUGUUGCUGUCCUGAAGCCUACAGAACUCACUCCGCUCUCGGCGUUGUAUUUAGGGAAGCUGAUUGUCGGGGCCGGAUUCCCCCCAGGUGUUGUCAACAUCGUACCAGGUCUUGAAAACGAAGCCGGAGCUGCGUUAUCACGCCUGAAUCUUGAUGUACAGGUGCUCACGAAUUGA